AUGAAGUUUGCUGUACCACGAAUAUGGAGGGAACCAACUGACCAUAUCCAUGAUUGUUAUUUUUGUGUAGUAAAUCCAAGUAAGCGUCGCGCUGGUAAAAAUGCCAAAAAGAUUGAAUACCCAAACCUACCAUCAACGUCUGCUCCAGUACCCCACAGUGAAAACUUCCCUGUGCCUUCGAACCCAAAGCGGAAGGCAGAAGAGCAGUUACCGCUAUCACAAAUAUGUAGUAAUAGCGGAGACAGCGAGUUCGUUAUCACAUCACCAUCUGUUGAACCACAUCUAAUUAAUUCAGAAGAGUUUGAUGACUUAGUAAGAGAUUUAAAUCUACCUAAACUUAAAGCAGAAAUAUUAGCUUCACGACUAAAACAAUGGAAUUUGCUCAAAAGCGAUGUUAAAAUAAGUGACCAAAGAACACGUCAUAAAACAUUUUCUGGAUUCUUUACAAAAGAAGACGGACUUUGUUAUUGCAAUGAUGUGAAAGGCUUACCCACGAUAGGGUACCACUUCAAGAUGUUCCUCUUACAUAUAAUAAAGCACAGAACAAUGUUGAUGAUGAAUAUGAGAUCGUGCCAUAUGACCAAUACUAUAAAAAUAUUGAUCACAGUCUACCAUGAAGAACAAGAAAAUAUCAAUGUUACACCAUUAUUAGAGGGGAAUCGCGUUGUCGACAUCGCUUAUCUUUUCAGUCAGCUUACAACGAUGUCGCAUCAUCCAUUUGACUGUAAUUUCACCUCUAUGGAUUUUAUAAAAGAAAAAGGGUGGGGUUCAUGUCAAGUUUUCAUUUUUGCAGUAGAAGGUGUUUUCCAAACUGGGAGUGGAUAUGCCAAAUUGGACGAAAUAUGUGCUUGUUUAAAUAUGCCAAAUAUGUCUGAGCGUUAUUAUAUGAAAAUAUGUAGUAAGUUAGGUGAUAUACACAGAGAUGUCGAUCUGCAACACAUGCUUGAAGCAGGCAAAGAAGAAAAACAAUUGGCGAUAGAUCAAGGGGAUAUCGUCACGGAUGGAAUACCGUAUAACCAUAAUAACAGACGGAUUUUGGGAAGUAAACGAAGUUACGGGACAAAUUUCAACUCCUUGUCGAGUGUUGGUUGCAUCAUAGGGUUAAGGACUAAAAAAAUAUUAUUCAUUGGGGUCAGGAACUCUUAUUGUUGCAUUUGUGCUGUAGCUGCAAAGCGGAAACCGGAAGUUCCUGCUCACAAAUGUUAUAAAAAUUGGUUUGGCUCUUCAACUCAAAUGGAAACUGAUGCGAUCGUAGAGGGAUUCAAAAUUAGUGUUAGUAUGCAUGGACUUUAA